AUUGCAUGCACCAUUGACUGGUAGAAUCGACACGGAACUGGAGAUUAUGCCUAGAGGUAUCUGGACGCACAGUACUUACCCGAGUAUUACAUCUACGAGGAGGAAAUGUCCGAUUCACCUUUCCUCCGCCUCCCCGCGGAACUGCGCGAGCUCAUAUAUAACCAUGUCCUCGUCUUCACCAUCUCCCAUAAGCUCCGCCGCCUCUUCUCCCGCGGUCACCUCUCCACCUAUCUCCUCGACGCGAGCCCCUACUCUUUCCCCGUCUCACUCCUCCAAACAUGCCGCCUCAUCCACUCCGAAGCCACCCCGAUCCUCUACACCCGCAACACCUUCACCGCCCACCCCGAGCUGCUCACCUCCCUCCCGUGCCUCCUCGCCCCCGAGCGUCCCAUCCGCUCCCCGCGCGUCACCCGCUUGAUCCAACGCUGGUACAUCGGCGUCCGGCUGGACAUCGACCCACCGUAUUCCCGCGACGCCGUCUCGCGCGCGUUCACUGGAGUCAAAAGCCUGGUGAUCGAACCGUAUCAGCCGAUGUUCGACCCGGUGGAGCCGAGGGGGGCGCUGCGGUUGUUCGAGGGGGUGCGGGGCGUGCGGCGGGCGAAGGUGCUGAUGACGUUCGGGGGGGAUGGGUGGGGCAAGUAUGCGGAGUGGUUGGAGGACGCGAUCAGGGCGGACGUGGAUGCGGAGGUUGAGGAGUAUCCGGAGGGCAGCGACGUAGAGGAAGACUGA